AUGCCACUUUAUAUUUUUAUUUCACUCAAGUUUAGAGAUAAUUUUUUUACUUUUUUGUCCAAAAUUGAGAUUUUACAUACAAAACAUAUGAUGAGCUCAUAAAAUAUGAUUCUGCGUUGAGUUUGUUUGUUAUCAAUACAUACUGUAUUUGUAUUAAAGCAUUUCCACAGUCUGAUAUUGCUACUUUUUACUUAGGUGAAUGAUCAGAGCUCCUCUUCAUUCAGUGUCAACGAUAAUCUUUUAACAAUGUUGAAAAGAAUACAAGUGAAUAAAGGUGAAAACGUUUAACUUAAAAAAAGCAAACGAAAACAACAAAACAAAAAAAGAAAGAAAGAAAAGAAAUAAACAUUUCAUCACAUAUUAUAUUUUUCCAUAGCUUAAUUUAGGUCGGUUUUGUGCUGUUAUUAUUAUUAAUCGAUACUGAUGUCUUCUGCCCUAAAAAGGUGAAAUGAUCAUAUAUCUAAAAUGUAGAAAACAGGAAGAAAACAGACGCAUCCAGACCAACAGGCGGCGGUAGACAAAGGAGCAGACACCGUUUUAAUGAAAAAAGACGUCAGUGUGGCUCAAACAACACCUUCUUCUCCGCGUUUGAAUGAACGUGCAGAGGUCUGAGCCGAGGGUCCGUGGUGCUGAAGGGACAGCUCCUGCACUCAUCAUCUGACACCUGCAGAUAUGUUCACCAGGAUGUUAAAACUGAGACUUCUCAAUGCUGUAGCACCUGCCUACUUCUUCACUGCUACAGCAGUCACCUUCAUUUUGCACUUCUGCUUCUUCAUCCCAACAAUAUUCCCAAACCCGGACACAUCAUCACUGAGGGGGUCUACGACUCUUCACACAGUUGUUUUCCUCUUCUUGAUGUUCAACGCGUUGGGGAAUUACACAAUGACUAUCAAAUACCCCGCUGAAAGUGCCAACGAGACUGUGGUCCCUGUGUGCUCGCCGCACUGCUCGGACAAAGUGGACGCUCACUACCUCCUGAACGGUCGUCACUUCUGCAAACUGUGCAAGAAGGUCAUCCUCAAGAGGGAUCACCACUGCUUUUUCACCGGGAACUGCAUCGGCAACAAAAACAUGCGCUACUUCAUCAUGUUCUGCAUCUACACGUCAUGCACGUGUUUGUACUCUCUGGUUCUCGGUGUGGCCUUUCUAACAGUGGAGUAUUCCAUCUCCUUUGAGAACCCGCUGACCUUUCUGACCCUUCUCCCCCUCUCCACUGGUUACUUCUUCAUGGGAACAAUCUCAGGCUUGCAGCUGUUCGUGGUGCUGAUGCUGUAUGUGUGGCUGGGUAUUGGCCUGGUCUGCGCAGGCUUCUGCUGCCAGCAGGUCCUGCUGGUGGCCCGGGGACAGACCUGGUGUCAGAUGCAGAGAGGGCAGCUCGUGGAGAAUCGCAGCCCCUGGACGACCAACCUAAAAGAUGUUUUUGGUACUCGCUGGAUCCUCGGUCUCAUCCUGCCUGUUCAGACAGUGGAGACAGGCACUGAUGAUACAGACGCACACAAACAGGACUGAGCGAUAAUGAUGUGUCACAUCGAUAGCUCCCAA